AUGGCCAAGACACAUUCGGAGUCCUCUGAGGACUUCGAGUUCAUUGAAACGCCAGCUGCACCGUCGCCGCAACCUGCUGAAGACUGCGGUGUCCGUACUACUGCUUAUCCCGCAAUCAAGAAUGCCCCUCUGCCUGCCGACGGUGCUGGCAGCGAAUCGUUCAACAACUACGUAUUGAUUGGCCUGUUGAUCGUCGUACCUGCGUACCUAGCUCGACAGCUCCAUGGGGGACUGUACACCACCCUCUUCCUUGCCACCCUUACCUCUAUCCCUAUUUUGAUGGGCUUUUGGACCGUAGCGUCUUCACUGUCUCCUCGGAAAAACGAAAAGGCCCUACUGCCGGGACGUCCUAUCGAACACUACUUGCAUUUCCGCAGUGAAGAGGACCGUGCUAAAUAUCAUGGCAAGCACCGCAUACCAAUGGAGACAUUCCACGAAAUGUACUUUGACCAGAAGGUUGACUUCAAAGGAGACUGUCUGGACGCCUUGGAAUACAGGCACGACUGGGCCAACUUUCGAUUCACCCUGAGCCUGUUCAAGUUCUUCUUCACUGGUAUGAUCCCUGAGGUCAUCAUGCACACGCGCUCUCAGGACGAGGAGCAGGUUCGGGAUCAUUAUGACCGUGGGGAUGACUUCUACAGCUGGUUCCUCGGUCCUCGGAUGAUCUACACCUCUGGCAUCAUCUCGGACAUCCACCGGGAAGAGUCGCUGGAGGAACUCCAGGAUAACAAGCUUGCCAUCGUCUGCGAAAAGAUUGGCCUACAAAAAGGAGAGCGUAUGCUCGAUAUUGGGUGCGGAUGGGGCACCUUGGCCAAAUAUGCGAGCGUCAACUACGGUGCUCACGUCACCGGCAUCACCCUCGGCCGCAAUCAGACUGCAUGGGGCAAUAACGGUCUCAGAAAAGCCGGCAUUGCGGAUGACCAGAGCAACAUCUUGUGCAUGGAUUACCGCGACAUCCCGGUCCCCGAGGGUAGGUACAAGAAGAUUACCUGCCUCGAAAUGGCCGAGCAUGUUGGUGUCCGGCACUUCGGGGCGUUCCUGACCCAAGUCCACAACAUGUUGGAUGAUGAUGGUAUCUUCUUUCUGCAAUACGCCGGACUGCGCAAGUCGUGGCAGUAUGAAGACCUCAUCUGGGGCUUGUUCAUGAACAAGUACAUCUUCCCCGGUGCGGAUGCCUCGACUCCGUUGGGCUUUGUCAUCGACAAAUUGGAAGGAGCAGGAUUCGAGGUCAAGGGCAUUGACACGAUUGGCGUUCACUAUUCAGCCACUUUGUGGCGAUGGUACCGAAACUGGAUUGGCAACCAAGACAAGGUCAAAGCCAAGUAUGGCGAACGGUGGUACCGCAUCUGGGAAUUCUUUCUGGCCUUUUCCACCAUCAUCUCUCGCCAAGGUAGCGCCACGUGCUUCCAAAUCACGUUGGUCAAGAAUAUCAACAGCACGCACCGUAUCGAAGGUGUCGAGACCCAGUUCGGUUUGCACGCAGCGCUGCAGGCGGGACGGACUCGCUUGGGGGCAUUGAAGACGGGUCUCGGUGUGAACGCACUCGGGAAUGCUGUCAAGAGUGAAUAG